CAUCCUUAUUGUGGCUAGCUUCACACAGGCACCUCUUUCUUGCUAAAGUUUUCCAUAAACUCUCGAUACAGUUUGAAUAUUUUUUAAACCAGUUAGCUGGCGAAGCAAGCCAUGUCGUUUUUCUAUGCAUGUAAUAACGCAAGUAAAAAUUACAUUUCGUGGGGAUUUGUGAACUACUGAAAGAAAGUAGCAAGUGUACACCACCUAGGCUGUCAUCACCACCAUGUCGCAGACCACUCUGUUGGAAGAGGUGGUCCAGUGGAGUAAGGACACCUGUCGGCUGGAAGUCAAAUCCGUCCUCCCCAAACUCAUCUCCAUGCAUUAUAAGACCGAAAGCUGGGAAGAACAUAUACAUGUGCUGAAAGUCAUCACAGACAUGUUCCUGCCUCACCUCAGCCUGUCAGAGCUGGAAGACGAGUGUUUCUCCAAGGUCUUACCUAAGGUCGGGAAGAUGUUCAACACACUGAUGGAAGAGAUCACUAACCAAGUAGGAGGGCUGUCCAUUCAGAACACGGAAAUACACUCUUUUCUCAGGAACAUUCUACAGGUGAUGGUGCAGGUGUUGGAGGUGCUGUCUGGCUGUGUGCGUCAUGUCUGCUCAUUUGAGGAGGCCCCUGCCCUGGAUAGUAUCCGCUCCUUACCCUCCUGCAUCCUUAAGGUCCUCAGGAACACCUUCCAUCACUGCAAGGAGAGUGGGGAAGUGUACUGUGGGCGUCUGUCCCUGGUGGGAGACCUGCUUCAGGGCCUGUUUAAAGAGGCUUACUCACUACAGAAAGGUCUGAUGGAACUAAUGGACAGGAUCUCCCCGGAGAACACAGCCUCGGAGGACGACGUCUCCGACAUCAUCACUGUGAUUCAUAGUCUCCUGGAUAUAUGCUCGGUUAUCUCAAACCUUGACAUAGCACUACACGCCAACACAUGGAAAUUCAUUAUUAAGCAGUGUGUGAAGUAUGGGUCAUUGGUGGAGGAGCGGCUUCGUCACGGUGACAUCACAUCCUGUCUGUGCGAUGACCUGCUGGCAUCGUUCCACAGCUGCCUGGAGCUGGCUGAGCAGAUCAGUCAGGCGGGGUCACAGCAGGUGGCACACAGCCCAGAAUACAAGCUUUUUCAGAAAACUACAAAGAUGUGCAGAUUUUUUGCCAACACAUUAGUUCAUUACAUAAAGGAAUUCAAGGCUUUUCUUUCCAAGUCUUGCGGACGCUUCCACCAACUCUACCUUCAAAUUGUCAGCAAGUUUCCCCCCAGCCUGUGUUCCCCAGUGCUCCCCUCCCCUCUGUCUGAGGAGCUGAACGGAGCAGCUCUGGUGCCCAUGGACGCUCUGCUCUCCCAGCUGCUCCCCCUCAGACCCUUCGUCGAGUCCGUCCUCAACCCCAGCCAGCAGUUGAGUCCUGAGACAGAGUUACCUCAUUGCCUCCUGCUGGUGAGUGUCAUGGGUCAGUUCCCCUCCCAUCCAGAGGAGGCACUGCAGCUGUGGUGUGACGGCAGCCACUUCCCUGAGGACACACCCAGACUGCCUCUGUUCCGGGCCUUGUUCCAGAGCUUCAGGCGGUGCUGUACGGAACGCAGGGUUCCAGUCCUGUUGCCUGGGGUGAUGAUGAAGGGUCAAGCCCAGGGGAACGUGACCCUACAUCAUCACGUCUGUGUGAUGCUCUGUGCCCGUGUGGCAUCGCUGCCCCCAGAACACUUCCCCGUACUGGAGCGUAGUCUGUUGGAGGCCGUGCUGCAGCCUGACACCCAGACGGCCCUGCUGGCUACUGACGUGUGGUGCUUCAUGGCCCGGUAUGGUACAGCUGAACUGUGCUUGCAUCACGGUCUCCUCACAGCUCAACUGGUGAAGUCGUGUGGUGGGGAGUGUUACCAGCUGUCCCACCUGUCUCUGCUGCUGAGACGUAUGGUGUUCCUCAUGACUCCUGAACACCAGAUGGAGUUGGUGGAGCGUUUCCCUCCCUCCCAGGAUGACAACCUCCCUGUAUGGUGUCACAUCCUCCUUAGAGCCCUUUCCCAUGAUGCCCGGCAGCGGGUCGAGGCAGACAUCAUCACCUUAACUGACACCACUGUGACAAACUGGCAAAAGGCUGGGUGCAAACUGGGACAAUUGGACAAAGUGAACAAAGCGCUGUUGUCCCUGCUGAUGGUGGUUCGAGGUGUAUCUCCAGAGGCAGAGUGUGGCUCGUCUGCACUGACGAUCAUCUCACAACUCUGGGUUGCCAUGUGUCCCAGACAGGUGCAGAGCCACCCUAGCAUCCAGUGCACUCUGAAACUCCUCCUCUCCAUGUCAGCCAUCUUGGUGAAGAGUUUUGACCCACAGGUCAUCUGUCAGGCCCUUGUGUGUGUGGGAGCCAUGGUCUCUGAGAAGUGUCCUGAUGACCUGCUGCUGGCUGCUCUGGAGUUCUUGGCCUCUCUAGGCAAGGUGUUCAUCCCACAUGAUAGCCAGAGUCAGGUGUUUCCCAGGCUGAGUGCUCUGUUUGGGGUCCUGCUAGCUGAGCGGUCCUGGCUAAUAAACCAACAUGCCCUGGAGGCCUUCGCCCACUUUGCAGAGGUCACCAAUCAUGAGGAGGUGAUCUCCCAGAGCUUGUCUUCAGAAGACACCAAAAACAAAGUGGUGAAUUUCCUCAGUAAGACUAUUAACGCACAGGAAACGGCGGAGACUCGGCUUGAGAGGUUAAGAUUGGAGAUGCCUGUUCUCGAGCGACACAACAUCAUACUGGAGACCAAUGAGGAAACUGCUGCUGAGGUUUCAGCUGCAUCUGCCGAUGAUGACCAGUCCACUGCUGACACUGAGCCCUGUCCCAAGCGAGCACGGCAGGAAACCAGCGUUGAGGAGUACAGCCGUUACCUCCAGACAGCUGAGAGUUCCCUGAGGGCCCUGCAGACGCUGGUAGAGGGGUGUGCCACCGACACCCCAGUCCCCACCCCACAUUGGGUGACAUCCAGACUACAGGAGCUGCAGACUCUAAUAACCCAUAUCAGCACAGCCAACCCACCAAACCACUAGUGAACUGGACAUUUUUCUAUUUUUUGAGCUUUGUUAUAAAUCUGCCCUUUUUAUAAAAUAGUUUUUGUAGGGGGGGGGGGGAAGGGUCAGUCCUUAUUAAACAUGAAUCCCUUUAA